GACCAGAUUGCUCAAAAUGCAUAGCCCAAAUACAUCACAUUAUUCAGAUCAAUUCCGUCUUCUAAUUUCUUUAUCGAAAAUUAAAAAUAUUUAACUAAUGAAUCAUUGCUAAGAUCAUUAGCAAUGAAAUUCAAAUCGCAUACCAUUUUUGUUAGGAAUCAUCAAUUCUAUGUUGACAUUUGGGUACCAAUAUAUCACUAGAUAAUUCAUCAUUUUCUAAGUAAAUAUUUGUCAAUACAUAAGUUGAUUACCAAAAUUGUCAAUUUCUAUUGUUUUCCUGUGAGUAAUCAUGUCUGUUAGAAAUGUGAUUUGUUGCCGUGUUAAUGUAUGAUGUAUUUAUUUUUAGUUGAUAAAUUACUAUAUGUAUUAUAAUUAAGUUAUUUCAACUCAACAUUCCAUUAGACCACUCAAAUUCUUAAUAAAAUACGAUUGCUUGUGUAAUGGCGUGAAGUUUAAAUUCACUUGGUAUUGUUUACUUGAAUUUUCCCAUUGAUGUUUAGGACUGCAAUUGAUCAGUCUCAUAUGGGAUGCAGGUACAUCCAACUGAUGAGCCACUAUCCAUCUCUACUUGCAAUGCUUAUGUAUUUAGGCAAUAUCGAGGCAAUACGCACAGGAUGCACAUAUACCAAUAAGAGACUGAUCAAUUACAGUCGUAAACAUCAAUGAGAAGAUACAAGUAAACCAAUACCAAGUUUAUUUACAUUCAUAAUCCAUAAUUUGAUUUUAAUUCUAAAUAAAACUCUAAAUGUUUUGUGAUAUUCACAUUUUAGCCAAAUUCACGUUGACUCUCAUUGAAGAAGCAAUCAAUAAAUUGAACUAUUCACAGCUAAUAGAGAAUCAGAUUACAUUCAUAAAGACUUAAGAUCAAAUGAAAAAAAAGCUGUGUAAUGCUCAAAUCAUUUUUCGUUGUAUAUUCGAGUUUUGUACAAUUACAUUCACUCAACAUUUUAAUCAUUAUUUAUCCUUAAUUAAGACUGAAUUAGUGGAGUCCAUGUGAUUGCUUUUAUACGAUGGGAGAAGUACUGAUAUUGAUAUUUAUAUAUCGGGAGUAUAAAUAUACUUUGAAAUGAUUAAUACAAACGAAGUCUUUUCAGAUAAAAAAGAAUAUUUACUUUCACAUUUUAUAUAAACUAAACUAAGUGAAUAUUCUACCUACUGCCAUUCAAAUGUUGUCAAGUUUUUAUUUGUUUGAACUAUUUGCUUAUAUCUUCCGUCAAAUUGACUUUUCAAAUGAGCUGUUAACUGUAGACCCGUACCAUAUGCUGCUCUACCAGUGGUUGAACAAGAACUAGAACGACUUCAGAAACUAGGUGUCAUUGAACCAGUGAAUUUCUCAGAAUGGGCCGCACCGAUAGUAGUAGUAAAGAAGACUAAUGGUAGCGUUCGUUUAUGUGCCGAUUACUCAACCGGGUUUAAUGAAGCCUUAGAAACUCAUCAGUAUCCAUUACCCUUACCUGAAGAUCUUUUUGCUAAACUGAACGGAGGUAAGCUUUUUGCAAAGUUGGAUUCAUCAGAAGCUUAUUUACAAUCCCUGUUGCUGACGAGUCUGAAAACCUGCUUACCAUAAACACAUACAAGGGUCUAUUCCGGUAUAAUCGACUACCCUUCGGAGUCAAGACGGCCCCAUCCAUAUUUCAGCAAAUAAUGGAUACUAUGCUACAAGAUGUUUCAGGUGCUGCAACUUACCUAGAUGAUAUAAUAAUUAUGGGAGUAGAUAGAGUAGACUUAGAAAAGAAGCUCGACCAGGUGCUGACGCGAAUAGCCGAAUAUGGACUGCGACUUCGUCCAGAGAAAUGUGACUUCUGUAUGCAAAAAGUACGCUACCUUGGGUUUAUGAUCGACAAAGAUGGAAGAAGACCAGAUCCGGAGAAUACCUUGGCAGUGAAAACUAUGCCCAGACCGACGGAUGUCCCCACGCUACGAUCCUUCUUGGGACUAGUUAGCCAUUAUGGAGCUUUUAUUCCGAAACUUCAUCAAUUACGUGCCCCCCUGAAUAACCUUCUGGUGAAGAAUAUAAAAUGGAUUUGUUCUGCAACUUGCCAAGCCGCUUUCGAUGAAAUCAAGAAAGUACUAGUCUCGGAACUGCUGCUCACCCAUUACGAUCCAUCCUUACCCACUGUAGUGGCAUCAGACGCAUCAAACUACGGCAUUGGAGCAGUUAUUUCUCACAUCAUGCCAGGUGGAUCCGAGAAAGCGAUAUCACAUGCGGCGAGAUCGUUAACGUCAGCAGAACGUAACUAUAGUCAGAUCGAGAAGGAAGCAUUGUCGAUUAUCUUCGCUGUCAAGAAAUUUCACAAGAUGAUAUUUGGACGUCAGUUCACCCUAUUAACUGACUAUAAAUCAUUACUAGCCAUCUUUGGGUCGAAGAAAGGUAUACCUGUAUACACCGCAAACAGACUGCAACGUUGGGGAACUACACUCUUGGGUUAUGACUACAAGAUCAAGUACCAGCACACUACUGAUUUUGGACAAGCUGACGCUUUAUCUAGACUGAUUGGUUCACAAGUAAAACAGAAAGAAGACACUUUGGUGGCAGCAAUCGAGACGGAAACAGAAGUACAUCGAGUUUUGGAAGACACAGUUCAUGGUUUACCAGUUACUUUCAAGGUCAUUAAAGAAGCCACGGAAAAUGAUAAGACUUUAAGAAAUGUUAGUGGUUAUCUUCUCACCAAGUGGCCGAACCGUCGUUUUCAAGGAGAAAUGCUACAAUAUUUUCGCCGACGGGACUCACUUAUGAUGGUCGACUCAUGUAUUAUGUUUGGUGACAGAAUUAUUGUUCCAAAAGUAUUACGCUACAAGGUUCUGAGACAAUUCCACGGCGGUCAUCCUGGUAUCAAUAAGAUGAAAGCGUUGGCUCGAAGCUACGCAUACUCGCCUACGAUGGAUCAAGAUAUCGAAACCAGAUGCCGCAAUUGUUCAUCGUGCCUACAUACAGCCAAACGUCAAGGCAAGUGUGAACCGCAACAAUGGGAAAGGCUGAAUAGUCCCUGGGAGAGGCUGCAUGCAGACUUCGCCGGUCCAAUACGAGGAAGAACGUAUCUAGUCGUAGUAGACGCGCUCACAAAAUGGCCACAAAUCUACGCCAUGGUGAAUUGCACAGCCAGUGAAACAGUCAGCAAGUUAUCCGACCUGUUUAGCUGCUUUAGAGUCCCGCAGACUUUAGUGACCGAUAACGGCUCACAAUUCACUGCGGAAUCAUUCAAGCACUUCUGCAACGUUAAUGGGAUUGCACACAUACGAUCUCCACCGUAUCACCCCCAAUCAAAUGGCCAGGCAGAGUGCUUCGUGGAUACAUUGAAAAGAGCACUACUGAAAGGGGGAGGCGAAGGGACGACAGGGCAGGUGAUCACAAACUUUUUGACAUCCUACAGAUCCACCCCGAACCCGAAUGUUCCAGACGGCAAGUCUCCCGCGGAAACCAUGUUCGGAAGGCGUAUUUGAACCGUCUUCGAUGAUGAGCGCAGUCACGAUCCAAGUAUCCGGAACUUCAAUCUUGGCGACAAAGUUUACAUUAAAUCCUACAUCGGGAAGAACCGAUGGGAACCGGGAGAAGUUGUGCAAAAACUGGGGGGAGUUCUGUACAGAGUCCGAGGAGCUUUUAGAACAUUUAUUCGACACGCAAACCAAAUCCUUAAGGAUAAAAGAACGUUGCAGACUCGAAGUAACCGGGCGAACUUCCCGUUGGAUUGAAUCUUAGAUGCACCAAUGCCACAAAUGCCCAGGAACACUGAAAAGAUACCUUGGACAAGGAAAACAACAAGAAUAAUGGGACGCCGUCGCUACCCAGUCGUCAAACUACAAGUAGAUCCCAGAAGAAAUCAUAUUCGCGGGGAGGUGUUGAGUCGGCUUCCGGAGAACUUCAACGGAGCCUCCAGAGGCUCAAAAGGAGCCGAAGGUUCCUAGCCAAUCAGAGUACGAUGGAACGUUCGAGAAUUCCAGCGUGGCGUGCUAUUAUUGGUCGGUAGCAUAAUAUGACGUUAACGGAUUGGUUGAAAUAUGAUGUUGAUUUAACAGACUCCAACAUCUAUAAAUACCCUUGAUUUUCUGUACAAAAAUGAACCUAGGAAUAAAGUAUUUUCUCUCAU